AUGCUCGAGCAGGUCAAGGCGAAGUCGACGCAAGCGACGACUCUCGUGCGCCACACGGCCGAGUCGCUCCACGACGUGGCCCAGCACUUGUCGCUUGCCGGUUCGUUCCAUUCCGCACGGCAGAAAGGCGCUGCAGCGUUGCAGGCGAAAGUUGGCGUGCUGCACACCAAGUUGCCGCCGCUGGGGAAGCUCUCGACUGCGUCGUCUGCAGCUGCGUCGACGACGACCAGCGAGAGCGGGGGGAGCAUCGACUUGGAAGAAGGAGGAGGAGGAGGAGAGACAUGUGAGGCCACCACCUCUGGUCAAGAGAAAGAGGGGUUGUUGCUGGGUGACUUGGGCCACGAGUGCGGCCUUACUAGGCGCCAGCGACUCUACGGAGCGCUCGGCUGCUACGGCUUUGGCACGUUGUGCGGCUUGUUGUCCACGUUGAUGAUGUGGGGCGGACCGAAGCACGUGAAACAGUUUGCAUUUUUCUACACGCUCGGAGCUGUCUGCAGCAUUGGCAGCUCGCUCUUCUUGGUGGGGCCAAUGAGGCAGCUCCGAGUCAUGUGCAUGCCCGUUCGGCGUCUGGCCUGCUGUGUCUGGAUGAGCUCUAUGGUUGCGACGCUUGUCAUUGCCUUUGGCUUUCCAAAGGCAGGCCCGCUAGUGCUGCUGCUCGUGCUUGUUCAGUAUGCUGCGAUGCUCUGGUAUGGCGCCUCGCUCGUCCCCUAUGGUCGUGCCGUCCUCCGGAGCGGCUGGUCCAAAGCAGCCAAGUACGUCAGUACCUAA